UUUCCAUAUCCUCAAGUGAAGAAUCUUUCAUCUCCGCUCGUAGUGUUUGGGGAGUGCUCAGGGGACUAGAAACCUUUAGUCAACUUGUCUACUCGCCGGAUGGACUGUCGUGGGUUGUCAACGAGACCGUGAUCUACGACAAGCCGAGAUUUCCGCACCGGGGUCUGCUGAUCGACACGGGCCGGCACUUCCUCCCGCUGGAGUCCAUAAUGGACACAUUGGACGCAAUGUCGUACAACAAGAUGAAUGUCCUCCACUGGCACAUCGUGGACGACGAAUCCUUUCCGUACGUCAGCAAGAAAUUCCCGAGCAUGAGCGAAAAGGGCGCCUAUGACCCGGAAAUCCGCGUCUACCGGCCAGAAGAUGUGCAGUACGUCAUCAGUGAAGCUGCUGCAAGGGGCAUUCGCGUCAUGGCCGAAUUCGACACACCUGGACACACCCGGUCAUGGGGCGAGGCCUUUCCUAAUCUCCUGACUACUUGCUACAAGGGGACGGAGCCCAGCGGCCAACUUGGACCGAUAGACCCCAGCACGAAUGCGACUUUCGAUUUCCUCAAGGCGCUUUUCUCUGAGGUGGCAGACGUGUUUCCCGAACAGUACGUUCACUUGGGAGGAGACGAAGUCGGCUUCGACUGCUGGAAAUCUAACCCUAACAUCACGGAUUUCAUGACCAAGAUUGGUAUUACCGGUGACUACCAGAAGCUCGAGGAGUUUUACAUAAAAAGGUUGCUGGAAAUUGUGCAAGGGGUACAGAAGAGCUACAUGGUGUGGCAGGAGGUAUUUGACAACAAAGUUGAGAUUGCACCGGACACUGUGGUUCACGUGUGGAAGAACCCUUUCCAGUGGGAAUUGAGUGAUGUGACAGCAGCCGGGUUCAAUGCCCUCUUGUCGAGCUGCUGGUACCUGAACGUCAUUAGCUACGGUGCCGACUGGACGAAGUACUACGCCUGCGAUCCUCAUGACUUCGAAGGGACGCCCGAGCAGAAGUCUCUCGUCCAGGGUGGAGAGGCCUGCAUUUGGGGAGAGUACGUGGAUGCAACAAAUCUGAUUAGCCGCACGUGGCCCAGGGGAUCUGCAGUAGCCGAGAGGCUCUGGAGUCCCGCCUCGGCGAAGCACACAAUGAAAACAGAAGCCCGGUUCGAAGAACAGCGUUGCAGGAUGCUGAGACGUGGCCUGAACGUUGAACCAGCGAACGGGCCUGGUGUCUGUGACUGCGACUACGUCGUCUGAAGCAAUGCCGUGAAGCAAUUGGCUCUUCACAAUGAAGAAUGGACGAGGAGGCCUGGCUGGGUUUUCUAGAUAGAAUGCAGCGGAAAGGAAUGUCUCACAUCACCUCUUCAGUCAAAAUUUCUAGUCUUAGUAUGCUAGCUUGCUCAAGGAAACAAACCUUUUGUACUGAUUGGAAACUUGCUGUGGGCGACGU